AUGGCAUCCUUCAUGAAUGAAUUUGAGCAUCUUAGAAUACAACUGGAGGAGAUAAAAAGAGCCACCAAUGGUUUCAGUAACAAAGUUAUUGGAGCUGGUGGAUUUGGGUCCGUGUAUCAAGGAGAGGUGUCUCACUCUAAGGGGCGCUGCAGCGUUGCUAUUAAGCGUCUAAAUCGUCAAUUUGGGCAAGGAGAUCCUGAAUUCUUGAAAGAGAUCAUGCUGCUUUCCCGAUAUACACAUCAAAACCUUGUCUCUCUUCUAGGAUUUUGUGACGAGGAAGACGAGAAGGUCCUUAUCUAUGAAUUUGCAUCAAAGGGGAGUCUGGAUAGGCACUUGAGUGAUCCCGAUCUUACAUGGGUUCAACGCAUCAAGAUAUGUCUGGGGGCCGCAAAGGGACUAAGUUACCUUCAUGAUCCUGAAGGAAGAAACCAACGAGUUCUUCAUUGUGAUAUAAAAAGUGCUAAUAUUCUUCUCGACGAGAGUUUGACAGCUAAAGUAGCUGACUUUGGGCUAUCCAAAAUGGGCCCCGCUAAUCAACAAUACUCAGUUCUACUCACCAAUGCAUUGGGUACUGCAGGGUACUGUGACCCGUUAUUUAUAAAGAUGUUCACCCUAACGAAAGAAUCAGAUGUAUACUCUUUCGGCGUCGUCUUAUUUGAAGUUCUAUGCGGGAGUUUAUGCUAUCAAUAUAGUAAUGGGCAGGUUAAGAUUUUUGUGGAUAUAUGGAAACAAAAGUUUUUAGAAAAUGAGGUAGAUAAGAUUGUGCUUCAACAUCUUAAGCCACAAAUGCACCCAACUACUUUAAAGUUAUUUUCAGACGUUGCAUUUCAAUGUUUAAACGAUUCUCGUGAAGGGCGACCAACAAUGUCUAUUGUUGUGGAAAGUUUAGAGAAAACACUUGAAUUUCAGGAGCUUUAUGAUCUAAAAGUACCAGAAGCGUACAAGGUGAUACUGCAUGCUGCGGUACCUCCCUUGAGGUUUACAUCUAUUGACGACCUCAACCAUCUUUUCUCUAAUGGAGUCAUUCUUAAUGCUGAAAACACGUGGUUUUCAAGAAAUGAUAAGGGAGCACACUAUAUACUUAAAUUCAUCCAUGAACGUUUGAUUCAAGAGGCAGGACAACGUCAUCGCAAUGUCUCCCGGUACAUCAGAUCAUCAAGUUUUCCAUUGGGCUCCUAUCCUUCAUCCGACUGCAGAUUCAAAGCAUGCGUCAAAACCCAAUUCUUGUCACCACUUAUGACGUAUAGAGUAAGCCUCGUCUUCCAAUUCGAAGCUACUGACGACUAUAUGGCAAAAGGUUGUAUAUUGCUUAAAUACAAGUUAGCCGGGGAUAAGUAUAGCCAGCUUUCUCAUGCCGCGUAUGAUGAAGAAAAUGGAUGGUGGAAGGUUGAAUUGUAUCACUUUAUCAACGAAGGAACUACAGUUGAUCUAGAAAUUAUAUUUGAUGGGAGUCGGGGCUCGGUAAUAGUGGAGGGUAUUGAAUUUCUACCCCUUGAAACAGUGGAACUUCAGAUAUUGGAAGAAGAUCAGAAGCAUGUGAAUUUGGAAGCAAGCCUAUCAGAUCCAGAAGAUGAUACAUUUUGGGAAAACAAGUUGCCAACUGAUUAUAAAGAUAUAAUCAAGUUUUCAAAACAACGUUUGCAAUGGAAAACCAACAAGGAACUUUACUAUAUUUUGUUCGAAGGGUUAUUGAUCAAUUAUAACCCGUUUUUUUCUUCUUUCCAGCAGCUUACGAUUCAUGGCCAACAGUGGUUUUGUAUUGACAAAAAUGGGAAGACAUGUAUAAUGCUACCGGCUAGAGCCGUUUGCAUAUUGGAAAAUAAUUGGAAUAAAGUUUUACACGAGUGGAAGCCGCUACCCCAAUCCAGAUUUGAAGAAGGGCUUGUGGCCUCAUCUUCUUCUAAUAUUGUUAUAAAAGAAAAUAAUAAGUUUGGAGUAUUGUCAUCUCAAACAAAUUAUGCAUGCUACCUUGUUUACAAAAUAGAAAAAAGUGAAUACGUGUCUCUUAUGAGCGUGAAGUAUAAAAGUGUAUUAGGCAGUCGAGUUUAUUGGGAUUUGACUUCUCUUUUCUAUUUAGUUAGUCCUAAAACGCCAGUUAUAAGACCAAAGGCUGGUCAAAACACCCACAAUCCUUCCUGUAGACCUAAACUAAUAGAUGUACCGCAACAAAGGAAGGAUGGAUGGAUGGAAGUAGAAAUAUGGAGAUUUCAAACAGAUACUUCCAAGACGUCGAUUCCGAGACUCAUCUUGUCAUCUGCACACGGGGAUCACAAAGGAUUGACUAUAAUGGGCAUUGAUUUUAGACCCAGAUAGAUCAUUAAUUAAUUGUGCUGAUAUUUUAGCUACCAUGUAUGUGAAACAUUAUAUUGAUGUUUUGUUGAUU